CAUCAACUCCAAUUACUGUGAUGUCACAACAGCUUUGUAUCUUUAAAGGGACACUAAUUUGUUUUGUGUUUCCUUAUGAAGAUCUAAUUGUAAAUUGUUUAAUUAAUCCGUCGUUGAUUUUGGCUUUGUGAUUGUAAUAAUUCAAUUGAGAAACAAUGAAUAAACCAGAAACCAAUACUCAUGGGCCUUUGAUGCUUAUCACUGGACCCGAUAAGUUUUAUAUUCACCCAAUAGGCAACGAAAAUGAACUUUUAGUGGUAGACAGAGUCUCGCAUACUAUUGGUCUUGAAACCAAUACCGGCCAACUUGCAGUUGAAGGAAUGUUCGGCCGUCAAAUCCAAGGUAUUCUUGGAAUCAUCAAUCUGCUUGCUGGUCCUUAUCUUGUCGUUGUCACCCGUUCCACUAAAAUUGGGCAGAUAUGUAAUCAACCCGUGUAUAGGGUUGAAGAGACUGAUGUUAUUUCUUACACUCGUAACACACUUCACCUUACUGAAGAGCAAGUUAAUUAUAAUAAUUCUUAUCUGACAAUGGUUAAAACUGUCCUUCGAACACCAUAUUUUUAUUUCUCGUACUCUUACGAUCUCACUCAUUCAUUACAACGUUUAUACAAUUUUGGACCCGAUUUCAUCAAAGCCUCUCUAUUUGAAAGAGCGGAACAUAGAUUCUUAUGGAAUCAUCAUUUGAUGAAGCCUCUCCUCAAUCAACCCGAACUGUCGAAAUAUUGGUUACCUUUAAUGCAUGGAUUCAUAAAUAUCAGUUCAGUUGUUCUUAAUAGAAAGGUCUUCCAUUGGAUCAUAAUUUCACGAAGAAGUAAUACUCGAGCUGGUACUCGACUUUUUUAUCGUGGGGCUGAUCUUCAAGGAAAUGUCGCUAAUUUUGUUGAAACCGAACAGAUAGUUGAAUUUGAAAACAAUCGGGGAAGUUAUGUUCAAAUUCGUGGAUCAAUACCGCUGAUAUGGCAACAAUACCCAAAUCUUCGAUACAAACCAACACCUGUUCUUAUUUCUAACCAAAUGCAACAAGAGGUCAUCUCGAGACAUAUUGAAAGUCUUCUUCCAAUGUAUGGUAAAACUGUUUUAGUCAAUUUGAUUGAUCUUAAAGGGGGAGAACUUGGCUUGGAAAAUAAUUUAAGACAUGCUGUUGAAAAUUUAGCAAACCCUAUGGUUCGCUAUGAGCAUUUUGAGUUUCACCGAGAAUGCGGUAAAAUGCGAUGGGAUCGUCUUAAUAUUCUUAUGGAAAGAUUAUCCCAAGAGCAGAAGGAAUUCGGUUAUUUUCUUAUGCUUUCCGAUGGUAAUGUUGCAUCACAACAAGAUGGUAUAUUUCGUACCAAUUGUAUUGAUAGUUUGGAUCGAACUAAUGUAGUUCAAAGUUUGAUUGCAAAGAAAAAUCUAACUGAUCUAUUACUUCGAUUUGGAAUUUUGGCACAUGGAGAGCGUGUCGAAGAUCAUACAACACUUUACGGUUUAUUCCGAAACAUUUGGGCUGAUAAUGCUGAUAUUUGUAGCAUUGAGUAUGCUGGAACAGGAGCCCUCAAAACUGAUUAUACCCGAACUGGUAAACGAACGCAAGUUGGAAUGAUUCGCGAUGGAAUGAAUUCUUUGAUAAGAUAUUAUAAAAACAAUUUUACUGAUGGAUUCAGACAAGAUGCGAUCGAUUUAUUCCUUGGAAAAUAUGUUAUCAAUGAAAACGAAGGUAAAACUUUACCGAGUCCACUGAGACCAAGAAGAGAUUGGAAAUAUCUAGCACUACCCUGUAUCUUCCUUGGCUCAACUGCAAUGUUUUUCUUCAGUUUAUUCAUUCCAACCGAACACUCAACCAUUACCAUGAUGUAUCUCUUAUUCUGGGCAGCGAUGAUCGCUGGAAGCGCAACCGUUAUAGUUUAUUAUGGCAAUGAAUUUGUUGAUGUUCCGAGAUUAUGCCCAAUCAGACGAAAUGAGUCCAACAAUUGACUAGAGAUCGCGUGACAUUGAGCAAAAAUCAUCGUAAUGUUUGUUAACAAAGAUUGCGGAUGAUUAUUUAUAAAUUAAAUAAAGAUCAAUGUAUCAAUAUGACUUUAUGAUGGUAAA